CUCCCUCUCUCUCUUUCUCUCUCUCCUUCCUUCCUUCCUCCCAUCAGCUUGCCACCUCUCACUUUGCAACCUCUUCUCUCCCUGCUUCCCCAACCCAGACCCCCCCUUAUCCCUUAUUCUCACCAUAUAAAAUUAGGGAGGGGAAAUGCACCCUCUUACCCUGCUUAUAUCUGACAGUAAAGACCCCCUUUAUCUCUGAGGAUUUUGGAGUCUGUGGUAUCCCACAGAAUAGAAAGAAACCCCCUUUUAUGUAUCCCACCUUCCUGCUAAUUCCCCAAUUCUGCAUUUAGGACUACAGGAUUUAUCCAAAAAGGGGUAAACCCUCCAAAACUGGAUCUAAAGGAAGAAGAGACCCUCAAAGACCCAAAUCUGGACAAGAAUCCACACUGAUUUAUUUUUUAUUUUUAAUGUGUGGGUGAAGAUAUUGCCUUCCAGAAAUCUAAUAUUUAUAUAAAAAAAUAAACAAAAGAAGAUUCUAAAUUCUAAGGGGUGGAAGGAAGAUUCUGUUGGAAAAAUCCGAUUUUAUUUGAACCACAAAAGAAGAAAAGACUCAUCAUACAGCAACCUGCAGAAGAAGUACCGUGGGGGGCUCCUGGUGUCGGAGUUGGCCAUGCACUCCUUGGAUGAACCACUGGAUCUAAAGCUGAGUAUCUCGAAGCUGCGGGCGGCGCGGGAGAAACGCGAGCGCAGCGGAGGGAGCGGGAGAAAGCGCUCCGUGCACCACGAGCUCAUGAUCCGGGAUGAUGGGACUACCGUUAUCACACCUGUCUGCUCCUCACCCCCACCAGGGUUCCUGCCUCGGUUUCGGGAAGAGGACAGCCCCCCGUUCUCCUCUCCUCCAAUUGUGGAUCUGAGUCUUUCUCCCCCUUCGGAGAUGGACUCCCCAAGCCGCGCAUCCUUGUCCCCAGAGAGAGGUGGCGGAGUAGACACUCCUGUGGACACUAAGUCGCUACGUUGUGGGGGUGACGCGGCUCCCAGCCCCUUCCAGUUCUACCUGCCCCUCAGUUCUGGACUCCAGCUGCCUCCCUCUAUGUUUUUGUCACCUCCCAAGGAGAAGCGACUUUCUCUGGAGUACACCGAGCAGAAACAGCUGGUGUGUCAGUGGGCAAAGUGCAACCGGCUCUUUGAGCUCCUGCAGGAACUGGUGGACCAUGUCAAUGAUUUCCACGUCAAGCCGGAGAAGGAUGCUGGGUAUUGCUGUCACUGGGAGGGCUGCGCCCGCCGGGGCAGAGGCUUCAAUGCCAGAUAUAAAAUGUUGAUCCAUAUCCGAACGCACACCAACGAGAGGCCGCACUGCUGCCCGACCUGUCACAAGAGUUUCUCUCGCCUUGAAAACCUGAAAAUCCACAACCGGUCCCAUACAGGGGAAAAGCCUUACAUGUGCCCGUACGAGGGCUGCAACAAGCGUUACUCCAACUCGAGUGACCGAUUCAAGCAUACGCGAACCCACUACGUGGACAAGCCCUAUUACUGCAAGAUGCCUGGAUGUCAGAAGCGCUACACGGACCCCAGUUCCCUGAGGAAACAUAUUAAGGCUCAUGGGCACUUCAUCUCACACCAGCAGCGACAGCUGCUAAAAAUACACCAGGCCCCCAAGCUGCAGACGUCUGGAGACAGCGGUUACCCCAAUGGUGCCCAGUUGAUUAUUCCCAACCCGGCUGCCAUCUUCGGCAGUCAGUCCCUGCCCCUUCCCCUGGCACCAGGACCCCUGGACCUAAGUUCACUGGCCUGCAGUGGGGUAGCAUCAGCCCUGGCGGGGCUCCCCAAUCCUAUGCUGACACUGGCUGGCUCACCCCUGAACUUGGCUAAGGGUUCCCUUCUAUCCCAAGCCUACUCCGCUGCAGGCCUCGGCCUUCCUUUAGUAUCCUUGGUAGCAGCGAGCAAAGUGGAGAGCGAAAAGUGUCCUAAGGGCCGAAAGUUGGAUAACAACGGCAGGACUGAAGGAUCAAAACUAAGGCCUAGCUCAGCUGAAGGGCUGCCUCUUCUGCCUAGUGGGGUGUUAGAUCUUUCCCCUGGUGUGGGCUCGGAGUCUCUUCUGCCAGGAUGGGUGGUCAUCCCACCAGGGUCUGUAUUACUGAAACCAGCUGUGGUCAACUGAGAAGACCGUAGCUUUUCAGUUGUACUCCGGUGAACCGACACAGCCACCCAGCAUUUUAUGGCAAAAAACCAGACUUUUUUGGCUGGGCGGGUUCGUUAUCUUCACAGCUUCAAAACUUUCCAGGUACAUUCCCAGCCCCGUGAUUCCAUCGUGUUCUUUCUACGAACGUCACGCAGGACAGUCAUGGAGCGGACGUGCCGGUUUCUGCCUUCAAACAUACAACUCGCUUUUUUUUUCCAUGGUGGGAUUACUGGAUUUUUAGUUUUUUUUUUUUGCCAAUACAUCAGAUUUACCCCCCCCCCCUUUUGAAGUGGGACCAAAAAGACCCGGCAGACAUUGAAUGCCAAAUUCUCUGUAAGAAACAUUUAUAGAAAAGAAAAAAAAAAGACAAAAAGGUCCACAGGGCAAUUGUGCAAACAGGUCGCACAAAAGGAGAGAGGUUUUGUAACAGGAGAAGGAAAGAACGUUUCUGCCGCAGAUCCCCGACGUUGAUACUGUGAGAUCUGCAGUCCUUCUUUGUUUGUAACAAAAAUUACGAGAGAAGGUUUUUUAACGCCUUCUGAGAAAAGCAAUAAAUCAGGAAAUGCUCCAAUAGAGCUGAAAAACAAUAUGACAAUAGGGAGUGGAGCGGGGAUGUUCUGGAGACUAUGGUUCUGUGUCAUCCACUUGCUUUAAUUCUCUGCCACGCUUUCUGUCCUCUGUUCCUCUCUGCAUGUCGAGGUAGCCUCUUUCCUUUAAGCGCCAAUAUUUCUGCAUCCAUGUCACAUUCCAUGUCCACAUUGCACAUACAUACAUCCCGGUUUAUGCAGGUCACAUCCCUGUCGUUAAAGGAAUAUCACUGUAUGAUCAUAUAGUUUCCAUAUCGCAUCAAAACCGUGAAUUGCGUUCUUGUUUCUAGCAGACCCGGGGGAAGACAUUUCUCUGGGCACAUGCUCUUAAGAGAACUUCCUGUGCACCUGGUCGGUGUAAAGGUCCCCCGCAUCCUGCAGCAGUGUAAUUCCAAAUGUGUCACGUUAUCAAGUUAAGAAUGUUGUUAUAUAUACAAUUGUUACUCAUUUUCUUUUGUUUAAUGGUUACUUUUACAAGAUAUACGAAUAUAUAAUUUACAAAAUAUCACCAUCUCUGGUAUUCGCAGCAUUCAAGAGAUACCGGGCUACCUGUUCUCGAUUGGUUGCUUCAGCUGAGGCACCAAUCAGCAGGCUGGGAUGGAGUCAUGGGACCGUGUGCCGCCUGUAGGGUAUUUAGCCGACCCCUACGGCUCAGAGGUCUCACGUUAAGAGAUAACAUUUUUGGCUUGGUAUCUUGAGAAUGCUGAAUAAGAGGCAGAAGUAGCACCAAAAAAGCCCUUAUUAUCAAAAAUGAUAGUGUUAAUCCCUUGGAAGAUAUUUUCUUUAUUUCACUCAUUUUUAGGCUCUUUAAACUUUCAGUCGUAGCACUUUGGUUUUUCUUGAUCCCCCAUCUUUUUUUUCGUUACAGGUUUAGUACACAAAGGCGGUAUUCAGCCCCCCAACAAUGCAGGCUUUCAGGAACUCGCACAAUCCCCGUGAAUCUGUCAGUGACUUGAAAGAUAUCAAUAACCACGAAAUCGGGAGGAGAUCCUGAAAGCCUUUUGUUGGCGAGAGAUUAUCUGUUCUGUGUUUCUAAUUUGUUCAUGAGGUUCUCUAACAUUGUCGCGUCAAUCAGCAUCCCUAAAAGGACCAAGAUGGUUUACAGGGGCCGCUCCGUAUAAUCUGCAUAUUAGGGGAUACUC